CGUGUGCGCUAACGACACGCCACUUCGCCAGUUCGAUUUAGUUUGCAAAGGUGGCUGGUUGUGUUCCACUUGCAGCCGGUCAAAUUUUUUAUGUACAGUGUUUCAUUAGGAGAGAGUAUAAAACAUUUUGGGCGCAGAGUGUCCGUAUUUUGAAGCAGUCCCAAUCCAUUUCCGCGUGUGCAGUGUGAUAAUUUCCAUCUGAUUUUGCUUGAUUGGCAAGAGAGAAAACAAUUCGAGACGGAUUGUGCUUCGCGAGCAAAAAUCUCCCGAGUAUCACGCGCAACCCCAGCAAUUAAACAUGGAAUUGGCACCAAAUUACUCCUUCGUUUUCGACUUUGAAAAUGACUUCAUACACGAGGAUACACGCCACUGGAUGCUCAGGAAUUGGACAUGGGUCUUCUACUCAUCCGGAAUAUACAUGCUAGUAAUUUUCGGGGGCCAACAGUUUAUGCUCAAUAGACCAAAAUUCGAACUGAGAGGUCUGCUAGUGAUUUGGAACACAAUGUUGGCCAUGUUUAGUAUAAUGGGAGCCUUCAGGACGGCUCCGGAGUUAUUACACGUGCUGCGACAUCACGGCCUGUUUCACUCAGUCUGCGUUCCUAGCUUUAUCGAGCAAGACAAAGUGAGUGGAUUCUGGACAUGGCUGUUCGUGCUGUCGAAGCUGCCCGAGCUGGGCGACACAAUCUUCAUAGUGCUGAGGAAGCAGCCGCUGAUCUUCCUGCACUGGUACCACCACAUCACCGUGCUGAUGUACUCGUGGUUCUCGUACACGGAGUACACGGCGUCGGCCAGGUGGUUCAUCGUGAUGAAUUACUGUGUUCACUCUCUCAUGUACACGUACUACGCGCUGCGCGCCAUGCGCUUCCAUCCGCCGAGGUUCAUCUCCAUGAUCAUCACGACGCUGCAGCUCACGCAGAUGAUCAUCGGGUGCGCCAUCAACGUGUGGGCGCACUCGUUCAUCCAGACGCCGGGGCGGUCGUGCAACAUCUCGCCGAUGAACAUCAAGCUCUCCAUCGCCAUGUACUUUAGCUACUUUGUCCUGUUCGCACGCUUCUUCUACGUCACGUAUCUGUCGUCGAAUGCGCGCAAGGGGCGCCGUAUCGCCGCCCCCACGUCCAAGACGGCGUCCACGACGCGCGAGCUGGACAAUCUCCUCAAUGGCAAGCAAGCUACCAAAGUCAAAGCUCAAUAAUUAAGCGGAACAGUUUCCUCUUUCGCGCGCGCGCUAAAUUAUUCAAGUGGGUGAGGUAUGAUCACACAUUGCUACUUAAACACACAGCAUCUCUUUCUUUCCAGCCAGCGUAUUUCCCAUUCGAGAGAUGAUUCAAUUUGCAAACUCCCUCCCAAACACUCGUUUUCACACCAUUCAUAAGGAAGAAAUGAGUACAUAUACCUCAAAGUGUAAUGAUUGAAUAUGACGUUGAACUGUAGUUACACAUCCGCAUGAUGAAAGAGAGAGAAUCACUACACAAAAAGCCAAGAGAAAGAACAAACAAGAUAUUUUUGCAUUGCGAAAUCACAAAAUAUUCUGGGUGUUUGUUUAAUUUUCGGUGUAGCAAAAUGGCAUCCAGAAUUAAGGAUGUUAUUAUUUGCAAUUUUUUCUGUUUAUAUGAGCAAACGAACAAAAUCAGUGUCACACACACAUACACACACAAUUCAAUGAGUGGAAAAGCAAAAGAAAACAGGCCUCUUCUUUUCCUCAAGCUCGAGAAGUGAGGAAAAUGAAGAAGGGGUGAUCAUGAAAUUCCUUCACAGUAAAGGUUGUUGUUUUUUGACUGGUAAUUUAUUUAUGUAUAAUUAGAAAAAUUGAGUUUAUACUGUAAAACCAUAAAGCAAUACUGUUACACAAGUUCUAUUUCAAUAAAUAAUGGAACAUGGGUUAUUAUUUCACACAAACACACUGCAUUAUAUUUCAUUUCUAUAUCAAAACACGGUAAAAAGAAAAGGCACACAGGAGAAGCCGAAACAUAGCUGUAGAAGAAGUACAUCAUUGUCGUCAAAAGUAUUUUAUAUACCAAUUAAAAUGAUGGGUGAGAUUGAUGAGAAAGAGAGAAAAUUGAGCGAGAAAAAAAAACAUUUUAUUAAAGUACAAAGCAAGUGAAGUGAAUUAAAUGCUAAAUAGCAAGAAGAAGAAAAAAGGAGGGUUUUUAGGGAGGUAAAAUUCCGUCUCAAGAUGAAAUUUGCAUAAGUUUCGUAACAAAAAAAUAGGAGUUGAAAUGAAGAAAGGAAUAAAAUGAGAUGUUCAUGAAUGAGAAAAAAACACAUCCCAGGAAUAUCAACAAUAUUUUUCCAAAAAAAGCCACUAACGUAAUUCAUUGUUAAAUAGAAAAAUACCUUGUUGAGUGACCGAGGAAUUACACUGCAAGCAGGAAUUACAGUCACGGAUUAUUAACUAAUGUUUAGCUGCUUGGUUCAAAUUCUUGUAGAAAAUUAUCAAAUCUUCUACAAAAGGUUUAACAUUUUCUCAUGCAAUAAAUCCUUGCCAUUCUUUGUAUCUAGCGCUGGAAUCCUUAAGUUAAUCUUCAAUGUUAUCUUUAUAACAUCUGAAUGUUUCGUUAUCAACAUGGUUCUGAAAUAAGCUUACGAGAGACGGAAAGAAAAUGCCACUUUAUGUCUGUUAUUACUUUCCAAUCUGAUUAUAAUCUUGAACUAUUACUUUUCCUUUAUCGAAUGAAGCUUGAAAUCAUCAGUGAUUGUGUGUCUCUGUAAUUCUUGUGGGCAGUGUCGAUCUCAGCGCUCAAACUUGCGGUCUAGAGACGUAAUUAAGAUGUAGCUCUUCAGCGAAUCAAGUAGAGAGAAGACAAAAGGAAACGAAAACAGUGAAAAGAGUCCCAACAUUGACUUUGGAGGCUGAGAAAAGGUGGCAAAGCGAAAAAAAACAGCAAAGAACGGAAUUGAGAUUUUGCAUUGUCACACAAUCGCCUGACGUCAAGACAUCUGAAUGAUGAAAGUGCGCUGUUCUUCAGCGGCUGAAGUGUUUGUCUCAAAUUGUGGCUUUUGGGCUCCUAAUGAAGGUCAAGUUAAAAGUCAAAAAUUAAGUACGCACUCGCGAGAAAAGUGCUGGAGAGACUUUUUCGCGAGAGAGACUUUUUUUGGGUCACUGUCAUUUUUUUCCUCUUCGCGUGUGUUCAAUUCACUCUUUCGCGCGCCGCCAAAUUCUUGCAAUACUGCUGGCCAAAGCUGAAAGCGUGGCCCGAAAUGGAACAUUGAGAGCGUGAGUCAAUGCGUUAGACGACAGCUUCCUAACUUAUAAACUAUUUAUUUUGCAUUGGAGUUUUUGGUGUAACAAAAUGAAAAAUGUAUAUCUUUCGCUUUAUUGAGACGCGAUGGCGAAAUAUGAGUGAAAGAAGAGUGAAAAAAAUGUUUUAAAGAACAGCGCGGCAAAAUAUUUUUGGCAUUUUGCGUGACUUAAUGAUUUUUUUGGCUUGCGAAAAAGUACUUUUUUCACUAAACUCAGAGCGAAGAGCGAGUGAGAGAGAGAGAGCAAAUUAGUGAGGAACAGAGAGUGAAAUUGUAGUGAGAACUAAACGUGAGUUAGAGUUUUGUGCUGAAAUAAUUGCAGUUAAUUGAUGAAUAGUAAUGAAUUAAUAUUUGCGGUGUUACAAUUUGUACAUAAUGAUUAUGAAAUCUUUUCUUUCAAGUGUAUUUAAAGAAAAGGAUUGUAGCGAGAGUGGAAGAGAAAGGAAGACGCUUAGACAUUUUACACAACUAAAUAGGCAGUAAAUAUUCUAAAGAGAUGAGCGAGUAAAAUGAUGGACAUAAACGGGAUUUAGUUUUAAUUUCAUGUUCUAUAAAUAGGGAGAAUUUUAAAGCAUUCCUCUUAAGCUUAACGACAUUCGUAAGAUUUAUAUUUGCAUUAUAACAAAAUGAGAAAAAAAUCAGAUUUAUGAGUGAUGCACGAACCAAGAGCUGAAAAAGAGUCACAAAUUCUUUCGUGAGAUUCUCAGAAUCCCUUUUUUGGCAUUUCUUUUCAUUCACACAAUUUUUGCCACAAAUUUUUUUCUAUCUUUACUUGAAGGGUGAAAAUAAUUUAGAGAAUAAUGACAACAAGAAAAUAAAUGUGGGAAAAGGGUUUUCACAGACUGACGAUGAGAUGAAAAAAGUGAGAGCAUAAAUAAAAGAACUAAAGAAUUAAAAAAAAGGUAUAAUCAUUUGAGGAGUGAAAAUUUCUGUUUAUCGACAUUGUAAUAAUUGGUAAGGAUAAUAAUUAAAGAAAAAAGGCAAAAACAA